GGUUCAGUUAAGAUUCUACCGGCAAAAGCAAGUAACGCAUUUAAAAUGACUUUAAACACAAAAGAUGGUAUCACCAUACGCAUUAUGACCGAAGAAGACUACAAAGACGUGAAAGCCUUCAUGAAGGAUGACUUUUUCCUAUCGGAGCCCUUGUGCGAAACCUGCGGAGAAGCUGUUGACCGUCAAAACGAGAAGGAAAAUGAUGAAUAUCACCUUUCGAUGAUCGCUCAGGGAACCUGUUUGGUGGCUCUGGAUGAAAACAAUGGUGGUCGACUGGUGGGAUUCGUCCUGGCAGGAGUUCUUCUUCCCGAGGAUAUAGAGAAGCAUCGGAUUGAAGCGGAAGAAAUAGAAAAACAUGCUUGGGGUCGAAUGUAUGUACUCCUAACAAAAGUUGAACGCGAAGCGAAUCUUUUCGAGCGAUUCGGCAUUUCCAAAGUGCUUUUAUCCAACAUUACCAGUGUGGGUGCUUCGAUGAGGGGCAAAGGACUUGGCUCUCGACUUGCCGAAACCUUGAUGGAUGUGGGUCGAUCCAAGGGGUUCCCCGCAAUGGUGGCCUACUGCACGAGUUUCUACUCCGCCCGGCAAAAGGAGGCCCUCGGGAUGCAGUGCAUCCACUCCCUCGUCUACGCCGACUACAAGGACGAUCAAGGACGACCGAUCUUCACGCCUAAAGCACCUCACAAAAUGGCGCGAGUAAUGGCCAUAAAACUGUGAAAGGUGCUAGUUGAUAACAAGAAAGUGACAAAAUAAUUCAAUGUUAUGCAAUAUA